AUGGGCACAGCUGAUCGCCCGCCGCAACACCUGCCCGACCCGCUUCCUGUUCUCAUUCGGCGCAGUGAUGGGGGAGAGUUCUGGUUUAACAUCGACAUGACGGACGUGGAUGCAGAGCGACUGAGCUACAGAGACUUUCUUGAACUUCUCGCUGAUCAAAUGAAUGAGGAUCACCCAGAAAUUGACCCCAACAGCUUUGAGGCCAUCUGCUCUAGCCUUCCUGGUCCAGAGAACUUGCGAUCGAGAUUACGGGAAUCGGACUACAUCUCUCCAGUGCAUUUCCAAGAUGGCUCCAGGCUGGAAGCUUACAUCACCGUUGGGCAGAAUGCCGAAAGCUUGAAGAACUUGUAUAAGCAGAUGUAUCCGCUGCUGUCAAAAGCAAUCGAUGCUAUUGCAAUGGUUGGAGACAAUGACCUUGCCACUCAAGAUGGCACUCUGCAGACCGCUAGCGAAUUCCGGUCGAUCCUUACGCUGUUGGGAAGGGCGAUGUCUCGGCACGCGGGAUCGGGAGGUCGUUCUCUCGGUGCUGGGCCUGAAGAGGCACAGGCAAAGGUGGUCAAGGUGGCUCAGGAGAUCACAGAUGCAGUGCUUGAGGCAGUGGCUCAAGAGCAUCCCAGCUUGCAGUCCGUUCUGACAUUUUUGCAGAUGGAUCUGGAAAUCAAGUGA